AUUUUGCUGUCUUGUCUUUUGUUUUGCUUUGUGUCUGCUGUAUCAAUCCGCUGUUGCAAACGAAAGCUUGGUUGUGAUACAACUUAGUAUUGGAAUUAUGAAUCGUUAUUGUGGAAACGUAAGAUAACAUUCACCACAGACAAACCAUCCUGAUCGACAGGAUUUUUUUAUAGGUGUCUUGCUGUUCCUUUGUCAGCUUGAGAGGAAGAAAGGAAAUGGGGAACUGCCUAAAAGGUUCUACAGCUGAUGACAUAUCUCUACUCAGAGGUAGCGAUGGCACAAGGGAUUCGUCUUCCUCGGAUCAGCUGGGUCCACCACCGCCGUACCAGGAGGCUAUGCCAGUCUAUUAUCCGUCCCCCAAUGUGAGCCGACCUGCUGCACAGCUGACGGAAGAGGAACAAGUUAAGAUAGCUAAGCGGAUUGGAUUGAUUCAGCAUCUUCCCGCAGGAACAUAUGAUGGCUGUAAGAAGAAUAGGGAAUGUGUGAUAUGUAUGAUUGAAUUCAUGGUCGGCGAUGCAGUACGCUAUCUGCCUUGCAUGCACAUCUAUCAUGUGGAAUGCAUCGACGACUGGCUCAUGCGAAGCUUCACGUGUCCAUCGUGCAUGGAGCCAGUGGAUGCAGCGUUGCUGACGAGUUAUGAGACCAACUAGCCUAACUCAAAUUAACACAGGCCACACACGGUUGAGAGGGCGGCUAUGUGGCAUGAGUGGUGUUGGUGGUGGCAGUGGUGGUGGUGGCGACACCAGUGUUGUCAUCCAACAGAACCUAGAAUGACCAAAGUGGAGGUGAAUCUGGAACCAUAGCUCCAGUCUCCAAAUUUACGCGACUGUGAUGGUAAAAAAUAAAUCUGUGUGAUAAUUGAAGAAAGGAAUUUUAAGCAGGGUACACGAGAUCUGAUGUUACAUUGUAUCCAGAUUUGCCGAAGGAGACGCCGUUCGUUACAUGUGACACGAUAAAAAGUAUAUGCCAAUGUAGAGAAUAGGCAUUUUAUUUUCGUAUCAUCUGCAAAGUGCUUAGACUUAAAAGAAUGUUGUGAUAAUUUAUGCUAGUUAUACUUAAAUGUAAUAUGUAAAAAUAUGAACUUGCAUCAAUAAGAAAACAGCAGUAGGAACCCAAGGAUACUAAAACAGUCUCUUGGUGCUUAUAGACCUUUUAUUAUUUAGCGAACGUAUCUGAACGUAUUGUCCACUGAGGUCUGCAACUGAUUAAGACUCUCAUUCUUGUACUGUGAGUUACUUAAUUACACACGUUUAAGAAAUUGUUUCCUCGAGCGUUGUACAUGUUGACUGGCAAGUUGGGUUCUUAAAUUUGAAUCUGCCGCAUGGACACGCGUGUUUUCUUGCGACAGACACGUUUUAAUAUGACGUUAACAGAAACGUACGUCUUGGUGUGAUGCAAUACUUGUUCGAUAUGAAAAUUUUUGGCUUUUGACAGUUUAUUUUAAUUUAAUGCAGAAACUUUUAUAUGUGACAUUCAUUGUCUUUAUGUGCAAUCCUUAUUCUGUGUGAGUAAAGUUUAUGUGUUUUAUUAUUAGAUUGCUUAUAUUUCAGGAAAUGGUGUUUGAAUGCACUACUCAGUCUAGAGACCUCAUACGUGAACGAGGAAUUGAUUUCUAUAGCAAUAUUUCUAGUCCUUUGAUUAUGCUGAAUCUGUAGCUUUGAUACUAUGUGGAUUGAGGUGGCAUUUAGAGAGUACGCACUUCCUGUAAUUGUUGUUUGCAAUUGUACAGAUCAAGUGGCUUGGAUUUUUAUGAGACUAUUUCAUUUCUAGUGAUGUUACAUUUUCAUUUCCUGAAAUGGUACCCGUGUCAGAAAUUGCAAAUUAUUUAUAGGAAAAUAAAUUAUAUUUUAUGGAAAGGAUUGUUCUGAAGCCUCAGACGUGCAGACCUUUAAUUUUAAUGUAUAAUGCGAAGAAGAUUAUAUAUUUUCUCAUUUUCUUUUUGUUUUUGGUCUCUUCGUUAUUCUAACAGUGAUUUUGUCCUGAAUUAUUAUGUGUAUGUGUCGACAGCAUCUUAUCUGAAACUUAGUUCGCCCGUGACAGUAUUUAUAAAUUGGUACUGACUGAGUUGCGUUAUGUUUUAAUGAUGGAGAAUAAUUCAGUUUUAGUUCUGAUUCAUGCUCGUCACACCUUGUAGAUAGAUUAUAUAUAAGAUUUCUAAAUGCUACCUCUGGACUGAAGAUGAAGUUUUGAACUGUUAUGAUCUUUGAAUUCUGUAAUUAAAUGUGCAUGAAAACA